AUAGAACCAUCUUUAGACAAGAAAACGUAAACAACAACAAAGAAGAGCGUUUGUGGUUGAUAUCAAAUUCCAAAGAAAUAAAGAGCAAUGGGAGAUCGCUACAAUAUACAUUCACAGCUAGAGCAUUUGCAGUCAAAGUAUAUCGGAACAGGUCAUGCAGAUACAGCACAGUUUGAAUGGUGUGUCAACCAGCAACGUGACACAUAUGCCUCGUAUAUGGGCCACUUCGACAUGCUUAAUAUGAUUGCAAUUGGAGAAAAUGAGACCAAGGCUAGAGUGAGAUUUAAUAUGAUGGAAAAGAUGGUACAGCCAUGUGGACCACCACCAGAGAAGAAUGAAGAUUAGUUACUUUUAGUUUAGAGAUGAGAUUGAGUGUUUGAGUAUGAAAUAUAAACAGAUAAAAGAUUU